CUCACUCACUCCAAACUGAAACAUUUCAUUUCAUCCUCUGUUUCUGUUUUACUUCAGGGGAUGAUGAUGAUGAUAAAUGACUAUUGGAAUGCCGCCGCCGCCCAUUCUUCAACCUCCGCCGUCUCUGUGGCGGCUGAAGACCCGCUCUCACCCGCCGCCGCGGUUUCAUUGCAGGGGGUCUCUGCUUCUCAGUGUUUGCCGGCUGCUUCCGUUGACGGCGCUGGAAAUCAUGCAUUGUUGCUGAAGCCGUUUUUCGCUGAUCGGGGCGAUGCCGCCAGAGUAGCUCCGCCCCACCACCGCCGUCCAUCGCCGGCUCCUGUUUCCAGAGUUUUCCCAUGCCUCUACUGCUCCCGCAAGUUCUGCACUUCCCAAGCGCUCGGCGGGCACCAGAACGCUCACAAGCGCGAGAGGGCCGCCGCCCGUCAGAAAUUGUACGGCGGCGGAGGCGGAGGCGGUAGUGUUUUUGGGCCCGACAACCACCACCGUCCACCCGUUCAUCAUGAGCAGUAUCACGACAACUCCAACAACCGCUACUACUGGCUUCAAGCGCCUCCGCUUGUCCAGCUUCCCGACGGCGGCGGCUUCCGCUCAAUGGGCGGCGACCGCCACCUCUACUUUCCCUGCCCACCCACCAUGGCUUGCUGUGACGACGAUCUUGAAGACGACGUCGUCUUUCUCAGGGAUAGUCCAAGUACGGGAUCUGGGUCGCCAAUGCCGCCGCCCCUAUUGUCAUUGGAGACGCUCUCCGGCAUCCCCAACACCGCCGCCGGCUUCACUCCGUCGCUUCCCCAUUAUCUGGAUCUGGAUGAAAACAACAUUGAUCUCUCUCUUCAUCUCUAGUUAAUUACUAGUAGCUUAUUAGACGACAAUACGGAGUAUCAAACAUUAAUAUAUCUCCUAAUUAUCUUUCGGGUAGAUUAGUACUUCGUAUGUUAGUAUAUACAGAAGGAUCAGAGUAUUAACUCAUGGACAUUUAGUCACCAUUGACAUUAAUUACGACAUAUUCGAGUAUAUACGAGUAUCUUUUAUGUGAUCAAUUCAAAAAU